AUGCCCAGAUCGGGUUCCCAGAACGCGGAACAGCAGCACCUGUUCAUUGUACACGGGGAAGACAGCCGCCGCAACUUCUCCCGGAGUGUGGGACAUGCUCGGCGCACUCAAGCCGUAAGGCGACAUCACCAGCAAAGGGAAAGCGCCAAAAACGCUGCAGGAUACGCUCGAGGUCUGGUUGGCUGGCGCACGGCAGAUCCAGCGCAUGGCUCGAGGAGCACUGGGCGAGAGCUUGUCUUCCGUGUACGAGGCGAUGUCCCAAACCGACGCGUUACGCCAGGAACCGAAGCGACAGCCGAUCAGCCACGAGAAGAAGGGUCGAUCCAGUCCGCUGUAGACAAUGGAUUGCGAGCGGACCCAUUCAAUUCGUUCCCGUCAGACAAUUCUCGGGCGGCCAUGCAUGCGGUCGACUUCUAUAUCAACAUCUGGAGCAUGUACAAGAGAGGUGCAAUUGAUGUCUUCCUCGGGUUGAACACUCAGAUCGAUCUCUGCUGGCCCAUAGCACUUCAGGACGAUAUGCUCUUCGACGCAACCCUUACCGUCAGUCGAGUAGCAUAUUGUGUUAGCUCAAGUCGUCCUGCAGAAGAUGAUGCAUUCUUCCUUAAGCACAAACAGCUGGCUUUGGCGAAGCUGAGGCAGAGAGUCGUCGAGCAUGCGCCGGGCGGCGAACCCACAGAAGCUGUAGUAUUCACAGUCUCGAGACUGCUGUCAAUCUCGUAUAUGACACUUGACGAUGCCAGUUUCCAGAUGCACUUCAACGCGCUGCAGAACAUCACCCGAAGCUACAUGCGACAUCGUACGGCAGACGAUCAGAUGACCAGGGUGGUGGCAAGUAGGAUCAAAAGCUGGACGCCACUUUUCGAGUAUCGACAGUCCAGAACUGGUUUCGGGCAAGGCGCACUGCAGCCCGCACAGCACCUACCGCCAAUAACACGACUCCCAGCCGUAUUGCCGGAUGACCUGCGCCGCAAAGUUCUGGCUCUACCAAGUGGCUUUGCUCAUUUGGCCGUGGGUGGCGCAUUUUCCACCCAAACUGUCAAUUUAAUGGCUGGCAUGCAGGAUGUUCUGGCAAGGUUGGAAGCUGCGGACGGCAGCGACACAGGUGAUGUGACCGAGCAUCAUUUGUGGGUGAUGAAGCAAGAACUGAUUGACCUACUUGCUUCUCUCGAAAUAGAUGCUUUCGAGCAGCAGGUCUGCCAGGGGCUGCUCGCCCUCGCGAUAGCAUUGCCGAGGAUCUAUCGGAUUGGACCAAGUGAUGUAUGCUCCCUAUCUAAGGGCGUGCCUUCAAUCGUGGAGAACCCUCCGCUCGAGCGCAUUGUCAAAGCGUUCUUAUACCUCAAGUUCAGUGGCAAGCUGCAGUCAUCCUUGCAUAAUCUAUGCCUCCAGUGGUGCGCUCUGGCGGUUGGAUGUUGUUGUUUCCUGGUCCCGGACUCAGCCGGCUCGAUACAGACCAAGGGUCAUAUCGCGCUGUUGAGCAUAACCGAACGCCUGGUUCCAGAAUCGAAGAAUGAACCGUGGGCGCCUUUCGAGAAGGAUCUCAGAGCGCCAUUCUUCUGGCCAGACAAGAUGGUGAGCAUCUGGAAGUACAUCUACCUUGAGUCGGUGAAGCGGCAAGCAAAGUGGGAGAAGAACGGUCUGAUGAAGAUGGGGAUGCCUUCGAGGGACAAGGUCGAAUACAUGGUUCUGCGCGACGCAAGAGGAGGUCUGCCUGCGAUCAGUGAAGGCCUGCCGUGGUCCAUCGAUAGAGCACAGUCAAGAGAACUUCCGCAGGUCGCCGCAAUAAACGGUAUCCUGGAACAGCCUGGCGACGUCUAG